AUGAUCUUGUUGAGAUUAGGAUGGUGGAUAAAAGGGUGGAGUGAAGAUUUUCCCUACUCGCCAUCGGAUAUUCAAAGGAAUCCAGCAUGCCUUCUAUGGAAUGGUUUUUCAUCUCCAUCAAUCAUUCCAAAGUCUAUUGUGACAUCAAAGGAAUGGAUUCCUCCUCAGAAUGGAGCUCUUAAAUGGAAUGUUGACGCCUCGGUCAACAUUGCUUCUUCUUCAUCGGCCAUAGGUGGUGUGCUGCGCAAUUGUGAGGGGCAGUUUUUGUGUGUGUUCUCUUCCCCAAUCCCUUUCAUGGAGAUAAACUGUGCUGAAAUUUUAGCUAUUCAUCAUGCUUUAAAAAUUUCCGUAGCUAACGAUGGUUCAUGUAGCCAAGCCAUGAUCAUAGAAUCUGAUUCUAUGAAUGCUGUAGCAUGGUGCAACAAUAAGGGUGAUGGGCCGUGGAACAUGUGUCACCAUUUAAACUUCAUAAGGAAUAUAAAGAAAUCUUUCUUGAACAUUUCAAUCAUUCAUAAGGGAAGGGAGACAAACUUUGUUGCUGAUGAGCUUGCAAAACAAGGACUAAGCAGGCGUGAAGAAUUCAUUGCAUGGUUCUAG